AUCCAUCACCAUAGCUCUAUCCCAUCUCAGAACUCCUCGCGAGCUCCACCGUAUCCAUUCUCUACUAAUCACCUCCGGCCUCGCACGGUCCCCCUUCUUCUCCGGCAAGCUCAUCGCGAAGUACUCGGAGCUCAGGAAUGCCGCCGCCUCAAGGUCCGUCUUCCUCUCGACUCCCUACUCCAAGAACAACGUCUUCCUCUGGAAUUCUUUGAUUCGAUCUCACACUCAGAAUGGCAUGUUCUCCGAAGCUCUGGAUUACUAUAACGAGCUCCAGAGGAUGAAAUUGGCUGCUGAUUCCUUCACCUUCCCUUCUGUUCUUGGUGCUUGUGCUGGCUCAGGCGAUCUCGAGCUGGGCCGGAGAAUCCAUGAACAUGCUUUGGAAGUGGGAUUUGGUUCCGAUUUGUAUGUUGGGAAUUCUUUGAUAAAUAUGUACGCGAGGCUUGGUUCUUUAGAUGAGGCUCGGAAGGUGUUUGACAGAAUGCAUCGGAGAGAUAUUGUUUCGUGGAAUACUUUGAUUUCUGGCUAUAGUGCCAAUGGGGAAUGGGAGGAAUCUGUGGAGGUUUAUAGUGAAUUGAGAAUUGCUGGUUUGGUUCCGGAUUGUUUUACAGUGGAGAGUGUCUUGCCCGCCUGUGGAUGUCUUGGUGAUGUUGAAUCCGGUAGAAUGAUCCAUGGGCUUGUUUGCAAGAUUGGGAUUGAGGAGGAUAGAUUAGUCAAUAAUGGUCUUAUUGCCAUGUACUGCAAUUUUGAGAAUUUAACUGAUGCUCGAAGAAUUUUUGAUAUGAUGAUUGGGAGAGACACAAUUUCUUGGAAUACCAUGAUUGAUGGCUAUUACCAGUCUGGUGAUUUUGACAUGGCUCUAGAGCUGUUCCGAGAGAUCGUGGUUGCAUCAAAUCUGGAUCUUUUUACGAUCACAAUUACUCUUCAUGUUUGUCAUGACGUUGGGGUCUUAAAACUUGGUGCUUCAGUUCAUGGUUACACAAUAAGGAAUGGGUAUGAAUGUGAUAUUGUGGCACUGAAUGCUCUUGUAGCUAUGUAUUCAAAGUGUGGAAAUCUGUUCAUGUCACGAAAAGUGUUUGAUCAGAUGGAUUAUAGAGACUCUGUUCCAUGGAAUUCGCUGAUUGGUGGUUAUGUUAGCAGGGGCUUUUUUGGUGAAGGGACAGAUCUUUUUAAGUCUAUGAAAGAAUCAAAAGUAAGACCUGAUUCUGUUACAACUGUAACACUCGUAUCAAUGUGCACCAAGUUACUUGAUUCACGCCAGGGAAAGGGACUUCACUGUGAUGCAAUAAAAAGAGGACUGGGAUCAAAUCUGUUUGUCAGUAAUGCACUUCUUGACAUGUACUCAAAAUGUGAUAGCUUAGAAGAUGCAUUGAAAGUUUUUGAGAGCAUGGAAACCCCUGAUGCAGUAAGUUGGAAUACUAUUAUAUCUGGGUCUGUCCAGAAUGGAAAUUGCAAUUUAGCAUUCAAACUAUUGAGCCAAAUGAAGGUCAAGGGGCCAAAGGUGGACAUCGCUACAAUAUUGGGUAUCUUGCCUGCAUGCUCCUUCGUGGCAGCAAAACGACAAGGGAAAGAGAUUCAUGCUUGCAUUUUCAAACUCGGUUUACACACUGAUGUUCCAGUUCGGAAUGCUCUAAUCGAAAUGUACUCCAAAUGUGGCAGUUUAUAUUAUGCGGUCCGUAUCUUUGAGCAUAUGAAUACCAAGGACAUUGUGUCAUGGACCUCUUUGGUAUGUGCCUAUGGAAUGUACGGUGAAGGCAAGAAGGCCCUGAAAGCAUUUCGGAGGAUGGAAGAAACUGGUAUAAGGCCAGACCAUGUUGCAUUUAUUGCUGUCAUGUAUGCAUGUAGUCAUGCUGGUUUGGUCGAAGAAGGUAAAAUGCAUUUUAAGAGGAUGGAGAAAGACUAUAAUAUCAUGCCCAACAUGGAACACUAUGCUUGCAUGGUUGAUCUGCUUGCACGUUCUGGAAAAUUGACUGAGGCAGAAAAGUUCAUUGAAGAAAUGCCACUGAAACCUGACGUAAGUAUAUGGGGAGCUCUACUCAGUGCCUGUAGAUUCUCUGGUGAAACCAAGAUGGCUGAGCGUGUUGCUGAAAAAAUUAUGGCCUUGGAUUCAGAAAACACUGGUUAUCAUGUCCUUAUAUCAAAUAUAUAUGCAUCUACAGGGAAGUGGGAUAUUGUUGGUAAUUUAAGGAAAUCCAUGAAAGAUAAAAAAAUGAAAAAAGAUCCAGGAUUUAGCUGGAUAGAAAUUAGAAAUAAGGUGUAUGUAUUCGGGACUGGGGAUCAAUUGGUGGAACAGUCUGAAGAGGUCUAUCAGUUGCUAGAAAGAAUUGCUGGUUUGAUGGCUAAGGAAGGAUAUAUUCCUGAUAGGAACUUUGUCCUGCAGGAUGUGGAAGACGAUGAUAAGAGGUACAUGCUCUGCACACACAGUGAGAGGCUUGCUAUAGCUUUUGGGUUGUUAAAUACAAAGCCUGGAACACCACUGCAGAUAAUGAAGAACCUUCGGGUGUGUGGAGAUUGCCACACAGCAACUAAAUACAUAUCAAAAAUUGUCCAGAGAGAAUUAUUGGUCAGAGAUGCUAAUAGAUUUCAUUUAUUCAAGGAUGGAAUUUGCAGUUGUGGUGAUUACUGGUGACAAACCUUUUCUUCCCAUACUUAAAACUGAGUUUUUCAGUUGUAGAAAUAGAAAUAGAAAGUACUGAUGGGACAGAGAGGUUCUUGGUUUACUUGGCAGAGACUUACUUGAUUGGCUGUUAUCCAAAUCACAAAAGAAGGUCCUGAAAACCAGAAAGGCUAUCCACAUAUGGAGUUUUUGGACAGGCUACUACCAAGAUGUUAAUCAAAGCGUUGGAGAUUUUUUUUUUUUUACAUAAUCCAUUACAAGAAAGAGAAUACCAAAUAUUACUAUACAUUCAUGUCAAUGAAAAAGAAAUUGACAAAGAAGUAGAUCUGCAGAGAUGCAUUUUGCAAUUAGGUGGCAUCUCUUCAUCAAUUGCAUGUAAGUAUUAGUUAUCCAUUAUCCACAAGGUGGAAUGGGAGUCGGAGCAGGUGUGUGAUUGGAACAGUGGUUCUUUUGUUUGCUCAAAGUUCAAAGCGGCACAGGAAAUGGGAGCAGGAAAGAGCAAUGACAGCCUGGAAACAGAUGAUGUAACUAUCACAGAAUUUGGGUCAUGACCAGCAAAGGAAACAUAUAUAGCAUCACUUCAACAGUACAUGCAUUUCAGUUAAAACACAGUAACUCUUCACUCUGGUGCUCACAUGCAAGUUUUCUUAUUAUGGAAUUCACAGACUACAGCAAGUUCAGUUUGUCUCCCUUGGUGUAGGAAAGGCUUUGCAUGGUGUGCAAUAUGUGGAUUGCAGGAAGGAUGGGGCUCUCUUUCCAUGUCUCAUCAAUGUAUUCAAGCAUGAUAAAUGAUUCAGCAAUUGGUUUCCAUUAUGAACAAGCACAGGGACCUUCUUGAGGACAGGAUCAUACUUCAAAAGCAAUGGACUCUUGUUUUGGAGAUCUUCUUUCAUGAAAUUAUAUUUUGCUCCCUUCAUUUUGAGUGCCCAUAUGAUCCAAAGGAUGAACGGGCUUGGCCAGUUCCCUGACAGCUUUAACUCUUCUUUUGCCGUCACUGCUCUUGAACGUGGCUGCUGCAGAACUAUCUUUAUAAGCAGAUGCAAACACUUCACAAGCAGCAGAGAGAUGCUUGCUGGACUCCUAUGAGACUCUUUCAUUCACCAACUGGUCAGGGAUUUGAAGGCAGCAGCACCUCCUUUACUGCGAGGAGGAAUGCCAACCACAUGGUGGUGGUGCGUCAGUGACUGGUUCGCAGUACCACAACCAUUCAAGAUACAGUUGCAUAAUUAAUCAACAUCGACACUGAUGUAAAGAUAAAGUGCUUUUGAUGGGCCCUUACAGAAUUACAAGGGUUAAGGAUUAUUGUUCUGUUGAGCGGGAUGCCAUGCAUGCGACCAUAUGCAGGGAGACCACAACUGGACAACGUUGCACACGUAUGACGUAUCUAUACCAGCUGAUCAGCGAGACUUGACUACCAACCCACUCAACAGUACGCAACGCCAUGUAGGUCAUAUGCAUAUUAGCAUGCAUCAUAAGAGAACUGUUGACCAGUAAAAAAUGAUAUAUAUUGGCAUGCAUCAUAUGAGAACAGUUGAGCUACCAGCCAGAGGCUAUAAGCCCACCUAGCAGUGGACUCGCAUGUGACUCGCAUGAAUCAGUAUACCGCAUGCAUUGUUCUUCUGCACCAUUCAUGAUAUACCAAGUCUUUGGUUUGCUUCUCAUGGAUUUCUAGAAUAUAUCACUUUUGGGCUGCAAGAAUAAUCGAAAUAUAUAAAUUUUGGGCAUGCUUCAUUUUGUA